AUGCUCUCGAAUUCUCUCUCUGAAACUCCGUCGGUGGCCUUGGCUUCUACUCCCUCCGGCCGACCACCGGACAUCAUGAUGGCUACGAAUGAUGGUGAUUCCCAAGCGAUCACGACAACACCGAUUGCGGACAGCCGGACAACUCCAUCGUCGGGAGGAUCUGUCUCCUCGGUCCCCGGAAAAUUCCAUGGAGAGCCGGCGCUGACAAUUUCCGACAGCUUCAAGGGAAGACUCUGCGCCCCGUGGCAGAAGACACUGGUGGUCCGCCUCCUAGGUCUUCGCAUCAGCUUCAACACCCUCUGUUCCAGACUCAAAUCCUUGUGGCGACCGACUGGCUCCAUCGAGAUCAUGGAUCUGGAUGAUACGUGCUACCUGGUUCAGCUUUCCAACGAUCAAGACUACUUUAAAGCCCUCACAAAUGGCCCGUGGGUCAUCUUCGAUCACUACCUGGCUGUUCAGCAAUGGACACCGAGUUUCGGAAUCCAUGACCCCCUCCCUAAAACUAUGAUUGUCUGGGUUCAGUUACCGGCGCUCAAAGUUCACUUCUACCACAAAGAGGUUCUGACGUCUCUAGGCAAUCUUAUUGGCCGCACCAUCAAACUUGACUACCACACGCUCAACAGGCAGAGAAGGAAGUUUGCAAGACUGGCAGUCGAAGUCGAUAUGUCUAAGCCAUUAACCCCCCGCAUCUGGUUGGACGGAUCAUGGCAGAAGGUCGAGUACGAGAACCUCCCGACGGUAUGUUUCGAAUGCGGUAAGAUCGGACACAGCUCUACGAGCUGCCCGACGUUGCGGAAGGAGGAGGCUCCGACUCAAGUUGCCGUCGCCGGUCGGGAUUCUUUGGCGUCGGCGGCCACCAUCGUGGCGGAACCCAACCCCGGUUUCGGGCCGUGGAUACUUGUUACCAAAAAGAGUCGCCACAAUCCUAGGGACCAGCAAAAAAAAGGUAACUUGGAGAGUGAAUCAGGGAAGGCAAGUGCUGGGCAAACCAACAGAAACGGGAAAGGUGGGCUGAAGGUUAAGGAAGGUGGAGAUUCCUUGAAUAUUACUAAUAUCCAAAAAUCGGUGGGGCUACAACGGCCGGUUGGGCAGGAAAGGAAAGGAAACCCAUCCACGAAGGAAGGGGAUAGCGCUACUGUAGCUGGCAAGGACAACAAAAAAGGGAAGGAAAUUGCGCGGGAAGGAAAUUGCGCGGGAAGGGAAUUCUCGGAGCAGGCUCGGCUAAAAGCCUCAUUAGUUUGA